GAGGCUGCACCUCUUUACCACUUCUUUAAACAGUAGUGAUGGUACCUGGCCUUUAAUGAGAAACAGGUCGUUUAUUUCAUUUCAAAAGAAAGAUGUACGUGGCAAAACCUGUCUUGUGUUGGAUCUUCAUCCAGUCCUGUUGGGAAGGAAUUGAAGCAAAAGCUACAAUCUCAACGGAGGACAGAAUCAGAGUGGCACGGACCGGACAAACUCUUUCCUUUAACCUGUCACUGAAUGUCCGUGCAAACCGCACCUAUAAGAGUCCAGAGUGCUACCGUGAGAACCAGCUGAUCAAUUGGGAUACAGAAAAGAUUCUCCAAAGUGUGAUGUUGGUGACAGAUCUCAAAAUGCACAACGUUUCCUUUUCUGGAAAUUACUUUUGCCGCUAUGAAGGUCAGACAGCGAAUUGGGUGGUUCUUGUAAGGGAUAAAGGUUAUGAGGAGCCAAGUGUUGUGUUAGAUAAGGGCAUCACCUUACAGAUGUGCUUCUCAGGAAUUCUACUGAUCUUCAGUGUGGCUGGGUCACUUUACAUAUUAAAGAGCUACAAGAAACAACCUCCUGUCACAGACAAAAUUAAUGAAGUGACUGAACAGAGACAUGAGGAUGCUGAGGAUGCUGAGGAUGCUGAGGAUGCAGGGAUGGAUGAAGAUGUUGCACCUCCAUCAGUCUACAUGGCACUAACACAUAGAACAAGCUCCAUUUAUGAUAUGGUGAAUCCUGAAAACAAACAGAACUGCCAACCUGGAGAAGACGACGAACUAUUUGAUUCCGUCUAUGAAAAUUAUUGAAAAUGAAUUUUUGUCUUUCUUACUGUCAAAUAAAAUAUAUUUUUAUGAUUUCGA